CGAAGGUUCCAGCCACUUCACAUUCUCACGCUCACACAGUUUAUCCUCUUCCCUUCCCUUCCUCUCGCCUUUCUUCAAUGGCCACUACAGUGUUGAAGACGCCGCCCUCCUUCACUUCUCCGGCGACAUGCGCCGCUUCACCGGUCAGAUUCCACAACUUUCCCCGCGUUUCCUUUGCACCCAGUAAAUUAUCGCUGAUACGGUGUCGGAUUCGCCGAGGGAAUCAUAACAGGAGCAGUGUUAGCUUUAGCGGUCGCUCGUUUCAUAAAUUAUUGACCUUCGCUGCUGAUGGAGAAGCUGCGGGGACUCAAACAGAUACUCAAGAGAAAGACCCGGCGCAAGAAUCAGAAUCCGAGACUGCAUUUGAGGGGAAAUCUGAUGAUGAAGAUUACGUUGAUGCAUCUAGUGAGAGUGAUGAGUCUGAAGAACCUACUUCUGUGAUCAAACCAUUUUUAGUUUUAUACAAAGAGGCUUUAGCUAACAAUGAUAAGUCAAAAAUUGCUGAAAUAGAAUCAGUUUUUAAAUCCAUUGAAGAUGAGAAAAAUGAGCUUGAGAGAAAAGUGGUUGCUUUAUCUGAAGAAUUGUCUUAUGAGAAGGAUCGGGUCCUUAGAAUCAGUGCUGACUUUGAUAAUUUUCGGAAGAGAACAGAGAGAGACAGGCUCUCGCUGGUGACAAAUGCACGAGGAGAAGUUGUCGAAAGUCUGUUACCUGUUUUGGAUAAUUUCGAACGAGCUAGAACUCAGAUCAAAGUGGAAACUGAAGGAGAGGAGAAGGUCAACAAUAGUUAUCAGAGCAUAUACAAACAAUUUGGGGAGAUUCUGACUUCCCUUGGCGUUGUUCCUGUGGAGCCCGUUGGGAAACCAUUUGAUCCAAUGUUGCAUGAAGCUAUAAUGCGCGAAGAAUCCACAGAAUACAAAGAUGGCAUUAUCAUUGAAGAAUUCCGAAAGGGUUUCCAACUUGGGGAGAGACUCUUGCGACCAUCGAUGGUCAAGGUGUCUUCUGGUCCGGGGCCCGCUGAUUCUGAACCCGAGGACACAUCAAAUGAACAGAAGGAUGCUGAUGAAACUGCACCCGAUGAGGAAUAAUUGUGUCAGGUACAAGACAAAAAUUUUGUAUUUCAAAAGCGCGAUCAUUUGUAACUUGUUCGGUAGAAAAUGUUUGUUUUAGUUCGUUCUUUGCUCGGUGGAUUAAAUUUAAAUUGUUCCAUACAUGCUUCUGGUACAAGAUGAAUUUGACAAUAGCACGCAUGUUUCUUUUUCUUUUCUUUCUCUUUUUAUUGCGCAACGAGGAAAUAUGCUCUCACUGCAACAUGAAAAUGUUCGAAAUUUGUUGCCUGAAUUUUUUGUGGUAAUCUAUUACUUUUAAUCACUUGUA